AAGAAGGAGCUGGUAAUAAUAAUUUCCAUAAUGAAAAAUUAAGUAUUAUACAUUUUGUAACUAAAGAAAUGGAAAAAUUAAUUGAUACUUCAAAAGGUAUUGAAUAUUUAAUUUCUUUUAUCUCAAGUUUACCAAGAAAAGUAAUUAAAGGAUCUGGACUUGUUAAUGGUUUUUUAAACAAUAAAUUUAUGCCUGACAUUCACUGGCCAGGUUAUAAUUAUCUCGGACCAUUUACAAAAUCUAAGAAACCAAUAAACAAAUUAGAUAUAAGCCGCAAUGGAUCAUGAUUUUUACUAUGAAAAACAUAAAGAUACUAAAUCUAGACAUAAAGCUGAUUUAAUUCUAGAAAAUAUAGCUAAGAAUAUAUAUGAAAAUCCAGAUACAUCUUUAGGUGAAAACACAGCAGCUUUUGCAACUACUAAUAUAAUGAAAGUAAAAAGAAAAUUAGGAAUGGGCCUUAUUUAAAAUAAAAAAUUAAUAUUUUGAAUAAUAAAUGAAUCUUAAUUUAAAUGAUGCACAAUUGAAAAAAAUUAAAUCUGCACAUAAUAAAAAAAUAGUUGUAACAAUUCAACUAUCAAACAACCAAUUUGGAACAGGAAAUUAAAGGUUUAAUUUAACAGAAAAACAAAUAAUAAAAUUAAACAAAUCUAAGAAAGUAAAAAAAGAAUCAAGAUUGGAAUUGAAAUAUGAACAAAUUAAACAAGGUGGAUUUCUUCCAAUUCUUUUUGUUGGAAUAGGAGCUGCAAGUGCAUUAGCUGGGAGAAUAAGUUCGAUUGUAAAUACUAUUAUAGAAAGAAAGCAUAAGAUAGCAGCGGAAAAAGAACAAGAAAGACAUAAUAAAGAAAUGGAAAAAAUUGUCAAUAAUAUUAAAACUUUACAAGUUGGAUCUGGAAUUAAAAAGAAAACAAAAAAAGGAAAUCAGUCCAUUAACUAA